AAACGCCAGGGCUGUCUGUGAUUGGUUGAAGGGAAGGAGCGCGACCACAGUGAUUGGGUGACGGGCGAGCGACGCGGCAGAUUUGAACGGCGGCCUGGAGGACGGGUUGAAGAGGCUAACGGUUGCGGCCGGCCAAUGGGGACGUCGAGCAGCAGCUGCACCGAGACUCCGGUGAAGGUAGUCUACAACAGUCACCUGGGGAACGUCCUGGACCCCCGCUCCCCCACUGCCGGCAUCCUGCGCACCCCCAUCGAGGUUCUCAGCAGCCCCGGUACCCCCGAAGCUCGAUCGGAGCCGGGCGUGCAGGCGGCGGAGGAGGAGGGAGGAGAGCCAUCGGGCUCACUGGACCCCCGCUCGCCCACUCCCGGGGUUAGCCGCACCCCCCUCAAGCCCAGCGUGUCCGAAGGGCUCGGCUCCCUGGCGAGGCAGCUGACCGGCAUGUUCAUCAGCCCGGAGCGGGAGAGCCAGGAGGACGCCAGGAGCCCCCCGGACGUCGAGGCCGCCGACCAGCUGCUGGACUGCGAGGGCGAAGAGGAGGAGAAGGGCGUGGAAGCCGCCGAUCCCCCUGCCCAGCCGGGCCGAGGGUACCCAGUUGACACCGGGGUGCAGCGGCCGGAACAGAGGCCCACCAAGCGGGUGGUGCAGAGAGAAGCUCAGCGGCCGACCAGCUGGGCCAGGAGGAGCCAGCCGGGCAGACCGCAGUCGGUGUUGGCGAAGGGCCGCUGCCCUCUGCAGCUCCUCAAGGACGACAACUCCCCGACGUGCUCGCUGUUCAGGAGACAGGUGAAGACGACUCUGCGUUCCUCAGGCAGCCCAGGUGAGCUGAUUGCCCGGAGCCCCCUGAAACUGGGACAUUGCCCGGCCGACAAGGAGAACCAUGGCUCCCAGUGGUUGUCGGGUGAGCUGAGGGCCUGCCCCCCCUGACCGGGUGUGGGUGAGGAGCUGCUGCAGAACCCCCUCCCCGGGUCUGCUCCCUGUCCCGAGGACAACACUAACUCUUUCACCUUCUGCCUCCUGUGCCAUCUCUGCCCCGGGUCGAACUUUCUGCCACCGUGCCGAGCGAUGCACUGCCUCCUCGUCCCCGGCGCGUGAGGGCGUUCUGUACACUGCCUGUCCACCUACCUUCCUUCCUUCCUUUGCUGCUGGCGUGGCCCGGUUCUUCACUUCUGAUUUUAUCCUGUCCUAAUCGUUAAUAAAAGUGUU